AUGGUGGAAGAAAAAACAAAUGAAUCACUUUUCGAAAAGUCGUUGAAGAAGAUGUUGGGGUUCUUGAAAAAGUGUUUUGGUAGGAAGGUUAAGCCUGAAGAAAACGAAGCUCCAUCUAAGGUAUAUGAUGUGGACUCGUACGACGCAACAUUUGCGAUUACGAAGGCUAUACUCAGACUUGUUGGUCUACGAAUCACCAGAGAUGAUUCUACUUUUGCCAGGUUACUCUGGAACAUCUUCUACUGGUUUGAAUUCGGCAACCUGUUUGUGGUGACUUGGCUGGAGCUGAUCAAUAUGGCGAAGACGGCGAGAGGAGGAUCCUUCCAGGAUGCCGUCGAGAUAUUCCGUAUGAUGCCUUGCGUCGGUUAUCUGCUGUUGGCCAUGGCGAAGUCCUACAAGAUGGUGUACCAGCGUCCAGUUUAUGAGAACCUGGUGAAUGAGCUGCGCAGCAUGUGGCCGAGGGGUGAAGUGUCGGAUGAAGAGCAUCAAAUCAUCAGCUCCGCUCUGCGACACCUCAAUUAUGUUAUACAAGGGUACUACUGGUGCAACAACGCCCUCCUGGUGAUCUUUCUAUCCCCACCGUUCGUUGAGAUAUUGAAGAUAGCGAUGGGCCACGACACACCGCUCAUACUCCCAUUCUUCUACUGGUUCCCCUUCGAUCCUUUCCAAAGAGGUUAUUAUGAGGUCAUCUUGGCUGCUCAAACCUGGCAUGGCCAACGUUCAAGGCAUACAAGACUGCAACAUUAUCAUGAUGAGCUGUCAAAAGACGACAGUAAUUAA